AUGAAACGAGAGGAGGUCAACGUGGCGCCGGAUGGGUCUCUACUCCUCAACCCAUUUGAGGUCGAAAGACAGCUGCGCUAUCACUUGGCUGCGAUGGAUGUGAUGGGGCUCAUCACGACAUCUGAGCAUUUGAGCAGCUUGGUGAAGCAGGCGAUGUGGGAGCUGGACGCAAAGCUGCUUCGUAUUGUGGUUGAGGCUAUUGUAGCACAGGUAGCCAUAGAUCCAGGCGACACCCAUAGCUAUGCGUUGUUGUGCCAGAUGGUGGUCAAAAACAAGCAAUUGGGAAGUUCGGAUUUUUCUGUCCAAGACGUGGUGGCCAAAGCGUGUCAGCAGAGCUAUGAGACGUUCUGGCGCCAGAUGAUGAUGACUAUGCUGGGAGGGACGUACGCCGCUGCCGAAAGACAGCAUUUGCGAACUGCGCCUAGAAGUCAAGGAAACCGCGGGCGGGCCUUGCUUCUGUUCAUAGGAUAUCUCUACGGAAUGGAUGUGGUUCCGGAAUGGUUGGUGAUGCACAUCGUGUUGGAGCAUGGACGCAAUGCCAUCGAGCUUCCCGAAGACUGCUUGGAGAAUUUCGCGUGCUUGAUGGAGAUUGUAGGGUGUAGCCUUGCCCGUCGUACGGAGCGACCCAUGCUUCUAGCCCUGAUUCUUAAGACGGUGGAAACGGCAGCAGAACACCCCAAAAUGUCUAUGAGAGCACGCCAGAUCUUGCGCGAUAUGCUUCUUUCUUGUUACAACUGGGACCUUGACACCCGUGAAGAGCCCGAUAGCGUUCCUCGUGAGAUCCCCAUUGGCCAUUUGGAGAAAUCAGAGUUCCAUACAGAAAUAGGAUAG